UUAAAAGUUAAGAUUUUUGAGAUAUCAGAUUAUGGUUUGAAUAAGGAUGAACGACGAGAAAAGUAUAAAGAUUAUUAUGUAUUAUUAUGUGAAAAAUGUAAUCAAGAAGUUAACAAACGAGAUUAUAAAUGUAAUUAUUGCUAUAAUAAGGAAACUGAUCCUAAUGAAAAAUUUCGUAUGAGACUUGGAAGUUGUAAAGAAUGUCAUCAAAAUGGAUUCCGUAUAAUAAAUUUGAAAAUAUUAAAUAUAUAGCUAAAGGAGGGUUUGCUAAAGUAUAUUCAGCUGAAUGGAUAGAUGGCCGAAUUAAAAGAUGGAAUCCAUUAUCUAAUAAUUGGGAAAGGAAUGGGCAAACAAAAAUUGCUUUAAAAGUAUUAAAUGAUUCGGAAAAUAUCAGUGAAGAUUUUCUAAACGAGAUAAAAGUCCUCAUUAAAGCUAGUUAUUAUCCAGGAAUAGUGAAAUGUUUCGGAAUUACUCGAGAUCCUAUAUCUCUUAAUUAUGCAUUAGUAUUAGAAUACGUGAAAAAUGAUCUACGUUCAUAUCUAUAUCAAAAUAAUAAUAAUUCAAUUACAUGUGGAAAGAAAUUGAACAUUAUAAAACGUAUUUGUUAUGGACUUCAUAUUAUUCAUGAUAUGGAAUUAGUUCACAAAGAUCUCCAUCCAGGUAAUAUUUUAAUUGAUGGGGUUACACUUAUAAGUGAUUUUGGGUUUUGCAUCCCAACAAAUAAAACUUCAUCAGAUUCAAAUGUCUAUGGAGUAAUGCCAUAUAUGGCACCUGAAAUAUUACGUGGGGAACAACAUACGUUAGCGUCUGAUGUAUAUUCUUUAGGUAUCAUCAUGAAUGAAAUAGUUACUGUAACACCACCAUUUAAUAAUCAACCACAUGAUCAUUUUCUUGUACUGGAUAUUUGUCGGGGUUUACGUCCAAAUACCAUUAGAACAGAAACAACAGAAACUUCAAAUUCUUUAAAUUUUUUAAAAGAAUUAAAUAAAUUAAUUGAAAGAUGUUGGGAUGCAAAUUCAAUAAAUCGUCCUACUUCUGGAGAAGUUUGUGACAUUUCUUUAGAUAUUUUAAAUGAUUACAUAAAUCAAAAGCAAGCUGAAGAACAGAAAAAUCCAUCAUAUAAUUUUGAUGAAACCAUCGAUACCACUUUAAAAAAAAAUCCAUCAAUUACAAUUGAAACUCAUUCAGAAGCUAAUUAUACAAGUGGAAUUCUUGAUUUACCACCAAACUUACCAGAACCAACAAAUUGGCCAAAUCAACAAGAAUUCAUUUCCUCAAGAAUUUAUUCACAAGAUUUACUAGCAAAAAAUUUACGAUCUGAAUGUUUAGAAUGUAUGGUUUAUUGAACUCAAAUUAGAUAUAAAUAAGAUGUAUCUUUUUUGGUGUGAAUUAUAAUAAUAAUUAAUCAAAUUUUUUUUUUUUGUAUUUAUGUAAAAAAAAAGCAGG